AUGAGCAACAGCAGCAGCAGCAGCAGCAGCAGCAGCCGCUGCAACAGCAGCAGCAGCAGCAACAAUAACAACAAGACAAACAACGGUAACAACAGCAGCAGCAGCAGCAACAGCCAGUCUCCCGCGUCAUCAGGGAAGUCCGUGACCUCUGGAUCACCAACAGCAGCACCAACAGCAGCAGGUGCAGCACCAGCAGCAGCACCAGCAGCACCAGCAGCACCAGCAGCACCAGCAGCAGCAGCAGCAGCAGCAGAUGACAGCAGCAAAUCUCGUGUAUCUGCAGAAGAAAAAAGAAAAGAUGAAUUAUUAUGGACAAGAAUGUUUAUAGAUAUGGGCUUAAGGCAGAAACCCCAACCUCCUCCUCCUAAGACAUGGAAGGAUACGCUUGCCUUCCUCGGUGUUAUCUGCUUAGCGGCGUUAGUUGCCUCUGAGUUUGGCUAUCGGUGUUAUAUGGAUUAUCACUACGGCUUCGAGCCAAUCGACACGACGGAUACUCCCUUCUUGAAGGAGGUUAUGUUUGGCGGCAAGCCUUGGAUAGUUGUCUGCAAAUGGCCACAGAAGCGAACGAAGUUGCCUGAUGCCUUAGAUAAAAGUCGUGUUGAGUUGUUGAAGAUGUUACGAUUAGGACGGGUGGACUGUUCAGCAAAAUUACCGAGCGGAUUAAGCUUUUCUGAGCGUUUUCGUCUACCAACAACAGCAGUUGCACUACUAGUAGCUAACGGUAGACCUCCUCGUCUAUUAACUCCUUGGGCAUUGGAGAAUUCAAAACAAUUACUUUCUUUUGUUCAAAGGCAUAUUAAAUUAGACUUCAAGACUAUUGAUGAUAAUGGUUCAUUAACACGUCGUUGUUUAUUACCUGGUGGUACAUCACGUUGUUUAUUAUUAUUAAGAAGAGGAGGAAUAACAACUAAUGAAAGAAAUCAACAAAUGCAGAUUUUAUUCAAUAAAUUCCCAUCAGCUGUACGUACACUCAAAUUUGGUGUUGUAGAUCUUAAUAAACAUCAGUUAAAUCUACAAGAGGCGGUUGUAUUUAAUCCACCAGAAGACACGGGGGAAACAUUCGCCAUCUGCUUCGCAAAUAUUACACCAAAGGAGACAAUAGAAGAAUUAAAGAUGUUAAGAAGAAAAGACGAAGCAAAUAGACAUACUAUUACCGUCUCUCUUUAUGAAGGGAGCUUCUCUGAUGUAUCUGCAUUAGAGGCAUUCGCAGCCCAAUGUGCAGCAGCAAAGAAAGACACCCCAGGAUUUGUAUUGAUGCAAAAGGCGCCAACAAUAGCAAGAAUAACAGCAGAAAAACAAUUAAAAUAA